UCGCGAUCGUCCUAAUUAAAAACAUCAAACGUCGUCCGUUCGCGAUCGAGUUUAAGAAGUAGGCGUGAUGAAGUAAUUGGAGGAGAUGUGGCAACCGGGCGGCGAACUAGCAUGCGGUGGAUCCAUUAUAUGUUCUGUUUAUUGUGUAUGAUGUAGAGACAGUGUUCUGCUGUGUGUGUAAAUUUGCGGAGGAGCAAUGAGGUUCACGUGGAGUUUAUUAUUGUAUCUGAGCUCAGCUUGGGCCUUUAACGGCGAACUUGCCGAAUUGGAAUGUCCCGAUGAUUGUGAUUGUCAUUACUUCAGAGUGAAUUGGGUGACUGAUUGUUCCGAUAGCAACAUCACCCAAAUACCUUACGACGAACUUAGUUUGAACGUUUACAUACUCGAUUUGAAUGACAACCUUAUUACCGAUGUCCAACCGUUUCCGGCUGACAUAAAAAUGAGACGGCUCCAACUGGCUCACAAUUUAUUGACGGAAGUCAAAAAGGAGAGCUUCGCCGGACUGAAUUAUUUAAUUGACGCCGAUUUCUCCGGUAAUAGGAUUACCAGGAUUGAUCCGGAUGCUUUCGAUGAUUCCCCCGGUUUCAUUACGUUGGAGUUGCAGCACAACCCUUUGAGCGAAGUUGAAGGACCCUUCCUGUCAAUCAGGUCCCUGUUAUACUUGGAUUUAAGCAACUGUACGUUGAAAACGUUGAAUGCCAAUUUCUUUUCCAACGUAACCGCAUUGAGUACGCUAGACCUAUCUGAUAAUCCGCUGGGCGUGAUAGAUAACAAAGUUUUUGAGCCGCUAGUGAGUUUGGAGACUUUGAAAUUGAGUAACUGUAAUUUGACUUACAUAGCGAACAACGUGUUCGAUAAUCAGACCAAUUUGAAAAAUUUGGAAUUGAACGGGAAUAAUUUAUUCAAAACCGACUGGGCGAACGUUCUAAGCAAUUUGAUACGUUUGGAAAGUUUGGAUUUGCGUAAGGCGGGGCUGGUGCAUUUGCCGGAAACAAUGUUUGAUAAUAACAAUUAUUUAACAUCCGUAAUCCUCGCUGAAAACCAUCUGAUAAAUUUAGAUGUAGCAUCCACUUUGGGAAAACUUCAACAACUUGAUGUCCUAGAUUUAUCGUAUUGUAAUUUAACUUUGCCGUUAUCAGAGGACGCGUUUUCUAACGCCACCAAAAUAAGAACGUUGUAUUUAUCAGGCAAUUCGUUAUUUGCAUCGGACUUGCUGGUCGCCCUAGCGCCGCUGACGAAUUUAAAUAAGCUAUCCCUCAGCAACUGCGGAUUGAGCCGUUUGCCCGAUACUUUUCACAAGUUUAAAAGUCUGCAACAGUUGGACAUAUCGCACAAUCCACUAAACGACGCUUUCGUUAAAUUAUUGGCCCCAUUAGAAACUUUAGAGUAUUUGAACAUGGGAUACAGUAACUUGUCGUACAUCGCUCCCAGUUCGUUUUCGAAGAUGACUUCGAUGCGAAGACUAAUAUUGUCCGGAAAUGAUCUAAAUAACUUGGAAGCGGGAUUGUUUGGAAACCUGACCCGAUUGGAAAGUUUAGAACUGAACUUUUGCGGUCUACGACGUCCGCUCAAUGCCACUUUGUUCUUUAACAAUUUUACCUACACGGACUUGACGGAACUUCAGCUAGCUGGCAACCCGCUUACGGUGUCAAGAACAGGGCCUUUACUUCCCAAACAACUUUCCCGACUGCAAACUUUGGAUCUCAGCAACUGCAAUUUGACAUUCUUGCCGCCAGAAGCGUUUUACUGGACCCGGAACAUAACAAACCUCGCACUAAUGGGCAAUCACUUAAGUUCACCCAAUGAUUUUAGAUUUUUAGAAUUGCUACCCAAAUUGGAGGUUCUAGACUUGCGCUACAACAAUUUAACAACGUUCUCCCCUAAGGACAUUUCGAUGAACCCCAACGUCGACAAACUGAAACUAAUUGGAAACCCCUGGAGAUGUGAUUGCAGCAUUGCCGAACUUUGGGACUGGGCCAACUUGGAGAAAGGUAGUCUUGCCAUUCUCGAAGGCUCGACAUUAGGUUCGGAGCACGUAACGGUAGGUAAAACAAAACGUAAGAAGCUUCUGAUAUGCCACUACGACACGGCUAAACAACCCCUACCGAUCGUUAUCAACAAACAAGUCCCUGGCAGGAAGCCCUUCAUCAAGCCGCAAAGAACUUUGACAACCAGCAAUAGGACCUGGGCCAAGUACGUCAGAGAAUCAGGUUGCGAACAAGCUCCCUCCCUACAAAGGAACACGAGGGCAGCCACCGGUUAUGUCAGUGACGAAGGUAUCACCAUGAAACUGGCCCAUCAUGAACACAACACCUGGGUGGCCGCUGCUUUUAACUCCAUUAUGGUGUAUGCUGCUCUUAUGUCUGUUCUAGGUGUAACAUUUCUCUUGACGCAGAAGCGUAGGCACGUACCAACUCAAGAUGUGGCAAAUAAAAAGAACUAAACAUAAGUAUUUUUUCAUUGUCUCUACACUCAUAGUAUUUUUAAUAUAUAGAGUCACUAAAGUGAUAAUUAAUAUAGUUGACUGAUUAAUGUUACACCUUUAGCCAGCACCAAAAAUUUGGCUGUUGCCAAGUAGUGAGUGUUUAGAUUCAUUUUUAGGUUUGUUUAAGACUGUUGGAUAUUUUUUAUGUUAUAUUUAAAAUAAAUAAAUUACAUAUAUUUACACUUGAA